UUUCUUUCUCUCUCUCUCUCUCUCUCAUUCGCCGACACCGUUCAUCCUGAGGGUUCCCCUGGAUCCUGCUGGGGCCGGACCCCAACAGGUGGCGCCACGAACAGGAACCCAAAGCAAACUGAAUUACUUGGAGGAGGAAGACAGCAGAGACAGAGACAGAGCCAAGGCAGCUGAAAGAAAGAAAACUGAGGACCUCCUAGAGCUUUGACAUGUGUUAUGAAUCUCCAAGAGAGGGAUAUUAAAGCUUGCUGUGUCUCUCAGGCUGAUUUGAACACAGAAGCCUUUUCUUACACAGAACAUCUCAUGGAAUUCGUAGUUUGUGGAAGAUAAUUUGGGAAGUGCUGAACUAAAGAAAAGACUUUUUUUUCUUUUACAUCAUUUACAUACCAACCAUGUUUUCUGAAUUGCAUCUUCACAUCAGUCUCUGAAGGAGAAUUGAAAAACAUAUUCGUCAUAUCGGAAAUACAUUUGCAAAGCAUCCAUUUGGCAUGGAAAGAGAACUUGUGUCCUUAUCUCCAUCCUUCUCUGCAUCAGAAAUGGAAACCAACAGCACCUUCAGCGAUCUCCAUAGCGACAGGAACUGCACAGCUGAAUACUUUAAGAGAGAAUUUUACCCCAUCGUGUACCUGGUAAUAUUUAUCUGGGGAGCCUUGGGAAAUGGCUUUUCCAUAUAUGUUUUCCUGCAGCCUUAUAGGAAGUCCACAUCUGUGAACAUUUUCAUGCUCAAUCUGGCUACUUCAGAUCUCUUGUUCACAGCCACACUGCCCUUCAGGGUGGACUAUUACCUCAGAGGGUCCAAUUGGAUAUUUGGGGACCUGACUUGCAGGAUUAUGUCUUACUCUAUGUAUGUCAACAUGUACAGCAGCAUUUAUUUCCUGACUGUGUUGAGUGUUGUGCGUUUCCUGGCAACCGUUCACCCCUUCCGGCUCCUUCAUACCACCAGCAUCAAGAAUGCCUGGAUUCUUUGUGGGGUCAUAUGGAUCUUUAUCAUGUCGGCCUCAAUAAUGCUUCUGAAAAAUGGCUCUGAGCUGAAGGGCAAUGUCACAUUGUGCUUGGAGCUGAAUCGUAAUAAAGCUAAUAAACUGAAGACCAUGAACUACAUUGCCUUGGUGGUGGGCUUUCUGCUGCCCUUCUGCACGCUCAGCAUCUGCUACCUGCUGAUCAUUCGAGCUCUGUUGAAGGUGGAGGUCCCAGAAUCAGGGCUGCGGCUUUCUCACAGGAAGGCACUGACCACCAUCAUCAUUGCCUUGAUCAUCUUCCUCCUGUGUUUCUUGCCCUAUCAUAUACUGAGAACCCUCCACCUGCUCCAGUGGAAGGCGGAUACAUGCAGAGACCCGCUGCAUAAAGCUGUGGCCGUCACACUGGCUUUGGCGGCAGCCAACAGCUGCUUCAACCCUUUGCUUUAUUACUUUGCUGGGGAGAAUUUUAAGGACAGACUAAAGUCUGCACUCAGGAAAGAUCAUCUACAGGAACCAAAGUGCAGCUUUCCUUUCUGUGUGUGGCUGGAAAAUGAAACAAGAGUGUAAGGGGUUCGUAGGCUGUUCCUAUGUCUUGUGUCCACCUUCAUUCACACGUGGUCUCCAAAAAACCAAGCAUUUACACCAUUCCCAACAAAGGUAGAUUCCCAAGAUUUAAUUGACCAUGAUUUUAUUAGAAGACCUACUUCAAAUUUUUCAUUAGGUGUAUCUUCAGUGUUUGAGCCUGAAUAAGGAGUACAGCAGAAAAAAUCCCCUUUAGAGUCUUGUAACCAGAAAUGUCAGACUGGGAGAAAAUGCUGAGCACAGUGACUGCUGCUUCUCAUCAAAUUCUGUUAUCAGUAAGCUCUCUGGCCCACUAGGCAUUCUAAAUGCUUAGUUUUAAGACAACCCCGACGUUUCCAGCUUCUCUUGUUCCUCGUCCUUCUUCAAUCUCCUGUUGUUAUUGUUCAGUCACUAAGUUGUGUCUGACUCUUUGCGACCCCAUGGACUGCAGCACGCCAGGCUUCCCUGUCCUUCACCGUCUCCCAGAGUUUGCUCAAACUCAUGUCCAUUGAAUCGGUGAUGAUAACCAUCUCAUUCUCCUGAGAUACAGCCAAUUAACAAAGCUACUGGAGCCCCCAGGACAGAUAAGAAAAGCAUCCUUAGAAAUCAGGAGAAAGACUGUGAAGAGGAAGAUUGCCCUCUCACAAAGCAGAGUCAAGGUCCCCAACAAGAACAGGGGGAGAAAAACAGAGAGAAGCCCUGGGACAAGAGAGAAAGGGGAAACAGAAUUUUGUUUUGCACUAAGAGAGGAUUUCUAGUGCAAAAUGAAAAUCCAAAGGCAAAAGCUAUGCCUUUCUCUUGUCAGGGGCUUAAGAAAGACAGGAAGAUUAGGAGAAGGAUGCAAGGCAUUUCCCUAGAGGUGGAGGGAUUAUGUGCAGAACAGGAAAGAAGAGGGUCAAUUUUACUCUUGAGAUUUGGGUUCGGGCUGUUCACUACAGUUCUCAUCCUACAAGUUAAUCCACUUGGAUGGGGAAAAUCUCCAGAAUAAAGGAGAUGAUGUUAAGGGUUUGAUUGGGCAUCCAGAGAGAGGGUGAGCUGGAAGGCAAGUUGCAAAGAUUGUGGUACCCCUGAAAUUCUAUGAAAUUUGAUGAACAUUUUGACAGAACAUGAGAAGGGUGGCUUUCUUCUGAGAGAGUGUAGAAAAGCACUGGUUUGAGGGAGGGAGGGUCCUGUCUGCCCACUGAGGCAAAACCAAUUAGACUAUCUACCGCUACCACCGUGCCCACUGUACUGUCAACGAUCGCGUGCCCUAUCUGUGCUGGGCCACUGUGCAAGGCACUGUGCUGUGCUGUGCUUAGUCACUUAGUCGUGUCUGACUAUUUGUGACCCCACAGACUCUAGCUCACCAGGCUCCUCUGUCUUUGGGGAUUUUCCAACAAGAAUACUGGAGUGGAUUGCCAUGCCCUCCUCCAGGGGAUCUUCCCAACCCAGGGACUGAACCCAGAUCUCCCACACUGCAGGUGGAUUCUUUACCAUCUGAGUGACGAGAGAAGCCUGUGCAAGGCACUACUCAUCCAUUAAUCCCACUUAACCCUCACACCAAAGCCCUGUAUUUUCAUUUUACAGAUGAAGGGACUAAAGCCCAGAGAAAUUAAGAAUUUUGUUCAAGUUCAUACAGCUCCACCAGAAUUUUAAAAACAUCUGUGCAGAGGGGCUGAUUGGGUGCUUCACCCACCGCUCCCCUUGCAAACCUCCAGGGACAUUACUUGAACAUCUAAGUGAGAGUUUUCUUCCCUCAUCAGGUACCUACCCCUUCUUACUCUCAUGAAAAGACUGAAGGCUGAAGUUUCUCUCUUUGAAAUUGUCAGCCCCAAGAUAGAGUGGAGGGUGGGAAGGAGGUAGUGUUCUGAAAGUAGAAAGAGACUGAGGGAAAGUCCUCAUAGUGAACAGGAGCCUCAGAUUUGUUCAGUCACUCAGCUGCCAGAAUGCUGACAGACUCAUACCUUGUCAAGACAGAUGCCUGGAGGACCCUCCUAUAGGACAGCAGUCAAUGACUACUACACAUCAGAGAAAAGGGCCAGAACAUGAAAAAGCAACAAUAAAUGAGAGGGGAGAUAGAAACAUUUUCAGUAUGAAAGGUCUCAACAUUUUCAACAACUUCGCAUUUUUUAACAGAAACCUACAGGAGAAUUUGCUUCUCCAAAAUAAGAGAGUAAACCAAGAUAAAGGAAAACAUGACAUCUAGAAAGCAGAGACUCCAACAGAGGAUAAAGAUGAAGGAAAUUCCUAGGACAUUGGUGUGUAGCAGAAAAACAAGAAACUGAUUGAUUUACAUGUGUUGGAGAGAUUUAUGUCUUUCUUGGAUAGUGUGGAAUGAACUGGUAAAAAUACACAGGAAAAUAAGCAAGUUAAAAGACAAGGCAAUUAUUAAAUACUAGGGGGAAAGAAACUGAUGUUCAACAAUGGGAAUAAAACCAUAGUACACUACAUGGUUCAGCUGUGAACAAUAUUGACAUAGAGAAUGUAAAUAGCAAACUACUGUGAUAUAAUUUUUUUUCAGGAAAUGAGGGAGAUAGGUUGUGUAUGUGGGGGGAGGGGUAUAAGAAAUCUAUGUCCCUAUUUUUUUUAUCACAGAAAAUGCAUAAUAACUAAAGCUAAAGAAUGAUAAAUACCUGUAUAAAAGUAUUAUUUAACAAUAGAAGCUAAAGCCCAAAAUAAACAGUAAAAGUGAUUGAUAGGAUUGCCUCUGGAGAGAAGUUGGGUGUGGGAAGAUCGCAUGGGGAUUUCUCUUUUCCUUUUAAUAACUAUUUAACUGUCUAACUUGUGAAUAUGUACUGCUGAAAUAAAAUAAAAAUUACAUCAAAUGAAA